AUGUUCCGUCGACAGGAGAGUACGCUGGACCCUGAUGCGCAGUAUCCCGCCGACCUCAAGAAGCUUGGAUACUUUGUUGACAAGAAUGGCUGCUUUCGGAGAAUCGAUGCUCCCGAGCUUUUCUUCGACUUCUUCUACACCAACAACGACCGCCACAACGAGGUUCGCGGCGAGGCAAUGCGCGUCUGCCAACGCCGAGAGGUCAUGAGCCGUCUAUCAGCCCUAGGCCUCAAGGAGUUAUAUCUGCCUACUUUGUCCAACAACAAGCCCAAAGGACCGCACAUUCCCAUUCUUGCACCCGUUGCCUCAGUGUUGAAGACACGGAAGCGCGUCAUCGUCAUCAUCAACGAUGAUACAUACCAAGACCUUGGGGUCCUAGCGUAUCGUGAACUACAGCGUGAGGGCGGUGUGAACGGCGGUUCGGUGAUCAACUUUACCAAAGGGCUUGUCAACCGCGCACAGGCGAACAUGAAUGUACCCCUCGGAGAAAAGCUAGCCAAAGAUGGUGCGCGAAUUGAGAAAGAGAAGCACAUUCCUGGAUUGAUUGUCUUCAAUGCUGGCCAGCUUCUCUAUUCACACAAGCUAAACCAGGCGCUCUCGAAUCGCAGCUGGACCGCCCUGGCGCGAAAGUCUAUCACACACGACCCCGUGAAGAUCCAUGAAAUCGAGAACCGGGUUGAGGGCCACAGGACAGCGGCUGAGCACAUCAAGACUGUCUUCGACACGGUGAUCAAGAAUCCGAACUUUGUCUCUCCCGAGGCAGAGGUCUACGUGAUUGCAAUUGAGAAUGGUGUGGAGAGCCUCUUGGAAGUUCUGGACAAGGACUUUUAUCGUUACGCCGAUCGCAUCACGGCUCUGGCUGCUAUGCAGUCGCCGGUCGGCGCCCACCAGAUCCACAAUCCAGAUGUGAAGACUUUCCUCCUUACGCGUGCCAGGCACUGGGAGACCUCACAGCAUACGAGUGGCGAUCCGGCCCAAUGCAAGGCAUCUUCAUCAGAUUAUAUCUCCAAGGCUAUCUCCAACAAGUCAACCUCUACAAAGCCCAUCGACUGGCUGGAGACUGUGGAGAGAGGAAGCGGACAUCGCGCUGAUACCCCGUUCGCCAAUAUCCGAGAAGCCAAGGUGACGAUAGCAGUGACGGAAGAGCCCGCUUCAGAUGAUGGCUUUAUCGAUGCAACUCCGCUCUGUCCAACUUUCGGUGGCGGAAACACCUGGGUCGGCGAAUGCGUCUUUACGCAGUCUAUUGUGCAGGAGGCCGUUCUCGGCUUCUUCGAAGAAGUCGCGCGAGAUCCCAAAGGUUACUACAACCCCAACUUCACCCUCGAUCCUCCACUCAGCAACGUUGACUCCCGCUUCGACCCAAUUCCCGACGAGAUGCUCAAUCCUGAGAAGAAAGAGUUGCUUGCCGCUCAAGAGGAGCUCCGUCAACUUGAGGUGGCUUUCAAUGCAGUCCCAGAGGACAAUCCUGAUCUUAGACCUGGACAUCAACGUCUCCACAGGCGUAUCAUCAUGAAACACAGGGCGCUCAGGGAGCUUGAGGAGAAGGUGCUUGCGGCGGGUGCACUGGGUCUUGGUGAUGCGAAGGACGUGCGGGACAAGUGGAGCGUGCCGACGGACGGUGUGGAGUGGAAGGAGAUGAAGCGCGGAGCGCCGAUACCCUUUGCGGGAGUACAGGCGGACAGCAACAUGGUUGCAAGCGCCGGGUGCUUGGGCAGGGUGGAGGAGGAGCUGGCCAAACUAGAGCUCGAGGAGGAUGAGGAGUGAUAAGCGGCCCUUGGGUCAUUACGAGUGAAGUCCGGGUGACGUCUCCUUUAAGUCACCAUCCGCAAGACACGCCCACUUGCUGGCGACCUUGGUCCCAUGUCCGUUGGACAAUGGCGCAAGCAAGCCCAGUAAGUAGCUUUCGAAUAAGAUUGCUUGUGCAUUUGCAUGGUCCCGGUCGAGCAUCUGCCGCCCAAGUCAUGUUGCAUGCCCAAGAUCCACAAACGGGGAAAUAUGCCAUAAACGCCUCGCAAUGCACGCCAACCCACCCGUCUCUUCCGCAGCGCACACUCUCCCCACCCCUUCCUCCACACGCGCGCCUACACAUCCUUCAACAAAUCAUCCAAAUCAUCAUCAUCC